AUGGCGCAAGUCCUGAUACCCAUUGUCGGCAUCACUCUGGCCGAGGCUGGCAAAUCUUUGGGCCUUGCUGGCAUCAGCUGGGCCGGAACAAAAGUCUUCCAGGCUGUGGCAGACGCCGUUGUGGAGAAAACAGAUCCCAAUGAGGCCGUCAAGAGGAAGCUGGAAACAGCACUGGGAGAACUCGGCAAGAUCAAGACGUCAAUACACGACCUCUCUGUUCAGAUCCGCGACCUUCGCAUUGAGACCAAAGUCGACCAGCUCCAGACCCAGGUCGAUAACAUCGAAGCCUUGUAUGACCAGUACACCAAUGCCGCCGCCGCGCUGGCCAAGGCGGCAGAAACCCACGCUUCGAACCCUCACCAGUACCAGCAGUGCGUCCAUCGAUGCACUGACGUGGGCAAGCAGGUGAUAAAGGACGUCUACCCGGCUCUGAAGCACAUCAACACGGCAUUGGUAGAGCAGGGCGAGCAAAGCUUACUUCACCUCCUCCACACUGCUCAUGUCAACGACAACAAGGACUUCCUGGCGCAGUACUGCAUGCUCAAGGCGGCGCUGCUCAAGUACUUCCUCAUCGAGGUCAAGGCCAUGGUCCUGUUCGAUCUGGCCAAGCAGGACGACACAGUCGAGUUUGGGACAUACGAGUACGAGGGCACCAUGAAAAAGGUCUGGGACAUGGUGGAAGCGCAGCAAAACAAGUUUGACAGCCUUUUGCACGUCAACGUGCGACGGCUAGCCGAGUACAUGUGCAAGAACGGCAACGAGAAGACAUUCAUCACUCUCCGCUCCCACAACGGAACCAACAUCGGCCGCGGCCUUCUCGUCUGGCAGACCAAAGCCAGCAUGCUGAACUGGGUCGUCCGGCCCAUCAUCAGCCCGGGCUACCGCUGGAUUCUCGCCCGGUUCGGUGCUGGCGACGAGCCGCGCGCAGAUUACGGCCAUCAAUCCAGACCCGAUCCGCCGCUCGACGAUGCCACCAUGAGCGGCGAGCACUGGUUCUCCAUCACCGCCGACAUCCUCGGGCCCGAUUGUCGAUCCCUGAGCGGCGGAAACGGGGUAGACAAUGUGCCGACCAAGAGCUGGUCGGUUAGCGCAUGCCGAUACAAGCUACAUCCCACGCCAGAAGGGCUCUUUCGCCUCGAGUAUGGUAUGCAAUUUGCGUCGGGAGCGGGCGAUCAUACAUUCCUCGAGGUUGGCGACGAUGGGCUGCUGCACGACAGGUACCAAGCGAAUGUCAAUGAGCCUAGGCAGAAGUUCCAGAUUGAGCUCUGGGAUAUGUCCAAGCCAUAUGAUCCCGAGGCCAAGUCUCCGGAGCAACAUGACCUGGAGGGCGACAACGGGUACUGGAAGAAGCCCAAGAAGGAUGAGGGCGGCUGCAUUCUCAUGUAG